AUUUCUAUUCACACACGCCAUUGCUACACUGUUGGCCAGUUUAAUAUAGCGAAAUUUGUUUCACUGCAAACGAAAUGAGUGACUUAAUUUUAUUCUUAAUGACUAGUGUCAUCGUUUCUGUUUGCUUGGCGAGUCCUGUUCGAGAGAUUUAUCACAUCGAUCCGCUGGAAGCCAGGGUACUGUUAAGCAACGAUUUUGAGAGUGGCUUUGAAGAUCCGUGGUACGACAGUUCGCCAUCCACUGUUCAUUGGGUUAUCGAAGAUUUCAGUUCGCCAGCGGAAAACUAUGCACCUCCUACUCUGUUAAACGGCACGAAAUAUCUACGAGCGACGCGAGAUGAUCACCUGACUGCCGGCCUUCUCGUGUUGCGAACGGUGGCAUUCACUGCGCUACCUGGCGAUGAGAUUUCGUUCAACUUUUGGAUUCAUUCCAAGUACAUGGGUGGCAACACCUUAGAGGUGGUUCUGUCUGUUGAUGGAGUGGAAACAAUAUUUCUGAUAUUAUCGAGGUAUUCUUCACCGGACAAUGUAGACUGGCGUGUAGGGUCUAGUCCUCUUCCAGUGACGGAACCUACGGAAGCGACGUUGAUAUUUUACGCGUUCUGUGGAGGAGAUGCAGUGGAUGCUAUUGCCAUUGAUGACAUUUUUGUUGGAUCAAAUGGAUCUUCUACUCCGACCACUACCCCGACCACUACUCCGACCACUACUCCGACCACUACUCCGACCACUACUCCGACCACUACUCCGACCACUACUCCGACCACUACUCCGACCACUACUCCGACCACUACCCCGACCACUACUCCGACCACUACCCCGACCACUACUCCGACCACUACCCCGACCACUACCCCGUUUACACCUCCAACAGCUCCGUGUGUAGGUUGUUCGACCAGCACACCCACAGCGACAACCACUGAAACUUCGAUACCCACAACUGUUUUCACUCCUCCAACAGCCCCGUGCAUUGGUGAAGCAUGUCCAACUCAAAGUACCCUGUCGAAAACGAUUGGCAACCGUAGCCAACACGAACAGCGCGAUCCACUAGCGGUUAGCAAUUCGUUGGAUAACGAUUUUGAAAGUGGCUACAGAAAUCCGUGGUACGACAACUCACCAUCUACUGUCCACUGGAUGGUGGAGGAUGUUGCUGCUCCCACAGAAGACUACGCCCCACCUAUUCUGCCAACAGGCUCCAAAUAUCUGCGAGCUGUUCGUGAUGCUCAAUUAUCUCCUGGUCUCCUCGUACUUCGCACAGCGACAUUCACGGCCGUACCUGAUGAUAAAAUUACAUUUAAUUUCUGGAUUCGCUCGAGAUACACUGCUGGCAAUACUCUACAGCUCGCCUUGGUUGUUGGUGAUAUCGAAACAAUUUUGCUAGACUUGUCUAGCUAUUCUACUUCGGUUAAUUUGGAAUGGCGUACAAUCUCGUCUGUUAUCCCUGUCGCACAACCGACUGACGUGACGUUCAUUUUCCGGGCAUUUUGUGGUGGGUAUGCAGAAGAUGCUGUCGCAAUUGAUGAUAUUUUGAUCGAGUCUCGAGAUGCAAGUACGCCGACAACUCAAUUAACUCCGCCAACAUCCACGUGCAAUGGCGUUUCGUGUCCAUCCACCACCACACCUGCAAUCACCACCAUUUCACCAACGACUCCUGAACCUUGCGGGGGUUACUAUGAUGCAACUAGCGGUACGAUCUCAUCGCCACAUUACCCGUUGUCAUAUGGUUUCAAUGAGGAUUGCAGAUACAAAAUCCAAAUGCCGUCCGGUAGUCGCGUCAAGUUGGAGUUCGGUAGUUUCAACACAGAAAGUGGAUACGAUAUUGUCACGGUUUACGAUGGAGCAACAGCUGCUUCACCGGUACUUUUGCGUGUUAGUGGAACGCGUUCAGGUCUAUCUGUCACGACCAGCGGACGUGAUUGCUUGAUACUACACACAUCUGAUUCGAAGAACAGUCUAUCCGGUUGGCAAGCAAUUUACACAUCGGUGUGAUCACACAAUGUUCAAGUUUGUAUUCGUUUCUCAGUAUUGGCUAGUUCUCAAAUUACGUUUUGGCAAAGAUAUUAUUCCCGUUGGAGCGGUGAUAAUUAAACGGGAUUUACACGCUUUAUUUUUUUAGGCAUAUUUACGUCUGUCGCCACGUGAAACGUUCUCAAAUUGCUGUCCUUAUUCCCACAAUUGUUUUUGUCCUUUGGACGGACAUUUAGUCCUUGCUAUAGGGAACAGACUGAUAACAAUCUCAAGCGCGUGAUGUU